CUGGACCCUCUGGCGUGCCGUCCUUUCCCGGCCUGCUCCGCGCAACCGAACCCGGAAGUAGGGCUCGCCUCCUCGGUAGAGGUGCGUCCGUGCCCGGUGGUGGUAGCGCGCAUCCCGCAGCCCGCAGCCCGCGGGCAGGGGCUGGUCGGGCUGCCGCCAUGGCCGAGGGUCAGGACCUGUUCGACGCCAUCGUGAUGGCGGAUGACAGGUUUCGCGGGGAAGGGUAUCAGGAAGGCUAUGAAGAAGGCAGUGGUUUGGGCAUAAUUGAAGGAAGACAGCAUGGCACAGUAUAUGGAGCAAAAAUUGGGUCUGAGAUCGGGUGCUACCAAGGCUUUGCGUUUGCUUGGAGAUGCCUCCUGCACAGCUGUGCAACUGAGAAAGACAGCAAAAAGAUGAAGGUCUUAGAAUCCUUGAUCAGCAUGAUUCAGAAGUUCCCUUACGGUGACCCUACUUAUGCCAACCUUCACGAAGACUUAGACAGAAUUAGAGGGAAAUUUAAACAGCUUUGUUCAUUACUAAAUGUUCAGCCGGACUUUAAAAUCAGUGCGGAAGGUUCUGGACUUUCAUUUUGAGGAUGACAGGUGAACAAAGAUGAAACACGAAGGAACAGAUGUCCAUAUGCUAAGUGUUCAAAACUGUGAUGAAGGGAAAACAAUGAUGGGCCAUUCAUUGUUCUGGAGGGAGGGAUCCUGCCCCGAGCCUGCCUGUGUCGCCUCGGUGCCCCCACAGCCCGCGCAGGCCUGAGCCCCGUCUGCCCUGCGGUCCGAGUGAGGCCCCGGAGUUGGCUGGCCUCACUGGUCCUGCCCGGCGGGCGGGCCCUGCUGCUUCUAGAUGCAGCGGGUUCCCCAGCCUGGACUCGGCGCUCAGGAACCGUUUACAGAAAUGAGAGCUUAGGGUUGCCAUGUAGUAAGUGCACGGGAAGUAGUGACCUGUGCGGUGACAUUGACUGAACCCUGGGACGGGCCAGCACUUGCCUCCCUGUUGUAUUUGAUCCCUUCUGUAGCCCACCAGGUGGGUCAUUCCCAUUCUCCAGGGCAGGGAGCGGAGACCUGUGGACCUGGCGGAGAGGAGAGGCCAGCUGGACUUCGGGAGCCGGACGUGCUAGGUGUUCCAGGUCGGGCGGGGCUUUGCAGCAUUCAAAGUGGUUAAGGGGGAGCGUGUUAAACUGGAGACAAAGCGAUGGGUUAUGCUGGGUGCACCCUCAUGUGCAAGACACUGCGGUCCUCUGGGUAGGAGUCCUCAUGUUUGUCUCACGUACAGGGUAUCAUGCGCAGGGAGAGGCCCGGGCCAGUCCUCCCUGAGCUGAGUGGUUCUCCACAUUUCUCUGUGCUCAUGCGUUUCCCCCUACCCUCCAUGUGCCCAGGCAGAUGGCAUGCUGGUUCCCAUCUGCUCCUGUCGGAGGGAGUACCUCUGAAAGCAGGGAGUCCGAUGAAUAAAAAGGCGACCCAGUCUUACAGUCCUUCCACAGCGUCUUGUGAACCCUACUCCUGGGCGAGGGGACCGGGGCUGGGAGUCCCUGCGGGGCUGACGGGCGUUUUCUUCCCUCACUUCGUGCCCUUGCUGAGUGCUGAGGGG